AUGAGACGUCCUGAAUGUAGAAUGUAUGAUUAUUCUGGCUAUGGACAAUCAACUGGAAAGCCAACAGAAUGUAAUACAUAUGCAGACAUAGAUGCAGCAUAUAAAUGCCUUAAAGAACAGUAUGGAGUUAAAGAUGAACAAUUAAUAUUAUAUGGUCAGUCUGUUGGUAGUGGACCUACUGUUGAUCUUGCUUCACGUUUGCCAAACUUGAGAGGUGUGGUUCUUCAUAGCCCAAUCUUGUCUGGGAUGAGAGUAUUAUACCCUGUCAAAAGAACAUACUGGUUUGACAUUUACAAGAAUAUUGACAAAAUUGGAGUGGUAAACUGUCAAGUUUUGGUAAUUCAUGGAACAGCAGAUGAAGUUGUCGAUUGUUCCCAUGGUAAACAGCUUUGGGAGCUUUGCAAGCACAAGUAUGAUCCUUUAUGGGUAAGUGGAGGAGGACAUUGCAAUCUUGAGCUCUAUCCAGAAUUCAUUAGACAUCUGAAGAAAUUUGUACUGUCCCUAAACAAAUCAAAAGCAGCCACAAAUGGUCCUGAAAAGACAGUGGUAAACUCUGACAAUCAGAGCAAGCCAUCUGACAUUGGAACCUCAGAUACUUUCGAAUUGGGUUCUGAUCUUCCAGAAGUUUCUAGAAACAGUUUAGAUAGUCGACUUGAGAAGUCUAAGAAGUCGAAUAAGCCUGAGAAGUCUCGAAUGAGCACUGACCGUGUUGAUAGGUUUAGGAGAAAGAAGGGCUUAGUUUGGUGAUUUCUUACACGAAGAGCAUUUUAAAUAAGUUAUGCGCAUCUAUCCACUGGAGGAGGUAAUUUACUUUUUACUUCUGCUUUGUUAAUGUUGUAUCACAGUCCAGCAUAAGUUAUGGGAUUGAGUGUGAUUUUUCUCAUAAAUGUGAUAAUUUUUCUGUAUGUAUCUUCAGAAAACAAAUAUUACAUUAAAUUCUUCUGUAUACUAUAGCCUCAAUUCUAAAUGAAAAAUAUUGUAGUAGCUUCUGCCAUAAUGUGCUUGGAUA